UUGCUGCUGCUGACAGAUUUGGGACUUCCGGGUGCAGUUAGACUGUUCGCAGCACUUCGAUCUUACUGUACAAUGGGCUUGUAGUAAAACCUGAUCUCUCGGUCCACUUUCGGUUCAGAAAAUCUUCAUAUUUAGGGACAAGCUGUGAAAGGAAUACGGUUGGAAAGUUGCUCCCGGUGCGCUGUUAGACUGUAGCCAUGUCCGCCUCCUCGACAGGUUCCUCCCCGGUGGGCCACGGCUCGGGCCUGAGCAUUUUCCGCUGGCUGGAGGUUUUGGAGAAAGAGUUCGACAAAGCUUUCGUGGAUGUGGACCUGCUGCUGGGAGAGAUCGACCCGGACCAGGUGGACAUCACGUACGAGGGCCGGCAGAAGAUGACCACCCUCAGCUCCUGCUUCGCGCAACUCUGCCACAAAACUCAGACGGUUUUCCAGCUCAACCAUAAACUGGAGGCCCAGUUGGUGGACCUGCGCUCAGAGCUGACCGAGGCCAAAGCUGAGAAAGAGGCGCUGGAACGAGAAGUGCAUGACCAGCUCCUGCAGCUCCACUCCCUCCAGUUACAAUUGCACAACAAACAGGGGGAGCCAGAGGAGCCAGAGACUCUCAAAGACACACUGGUGCAGCAGACUGAGUCCCGGAAGAAGGAGCGCGUGAUGGAGGCAAAGUUGGAGGCUGAGAUGAGGUUGUUUAAGAAGGAGAAUGAGGCGCUGCGGAGGCACAUCGCCGUGCUGCAGGCUGAAGUUUACGGAGCAAGACUCGCAGCCAAGUAUCUCGACAAGGAACUGGCUGGCAGGGUGCAGCAGAUCCAGUUAUUAGGCCGGGACAUGAAAGGCCCAGCUCAUGACAAACUCUGGAACCAGCUGGAGGCCGAGAUCCACCUGCACCGACAUAAGACUGUGAUCCGAGCCUGUCGUGGGAGGAAUGAUCCCAACAAACCUUUGCCCUCUCCUCUGGGUCAUGAUCCAGACAUGUUAAAGAAAACACAAGGGGUGGGUCCUAUCCGAAAGGUGGUCCUGAUGAAGGAAGACCAUGAAGGCUUGGGCAUCUCCAUAACAGGCGGUAAAGAACAUGGGGUGCCUAUCCUAAUCUCAGAGAUUCAUCAGGGCCAGCCAGCAGACCGCUGCGGAGGCCUGCAUGUGGGGGACGCCAUUUUGGCCGUGAACAGCAUCAACCUGCGAGACGCCAAACACAAGGAAGCAGUCACCAUUCUGUCACAGCAGCGGGGGCAGAUUGAGUUCGAGGUGGUGUAUGUGGCUCCAGAGGUGGACAGUGAUGAUGAGAACGUGGAGUAUGAGGAUGACAACGGUCAUCGCUACAGACUGUACCUGGACGAACUGGAGGAAGGCAACAGAGCACAGCAAGGCAACAGUGCUGCUUCUCUGCAAGCUCUGGAGAAGAUGACCCUCAGGACCGAAGCUGAGAAUGGUGACACAGAAAACAAAAGCCUCUCGAAGCCUUCCGAUACAGAAAGUGCAUCCUGGACCAGUCAAGCCAUCUCCCACUGAAGCCGCACUUUACUGCUCUGCCUUCUGAUUAUAGAAUCUUAUCACCUGGAACCGAAUGAGGGACUGUGAGAGAAUAGGUGUAAAUGUGAUGAUUAUUACAGUAUCUUCCUAGUGCUUGCAGGUCAACAUUAGCAGUAUAUAUUGGUGAAUUGAAAAAGUUGGUUUGAAACACUACACUUCACCUCAGUGGCAGAAUAUCUUGACCUUCUGUGAUUUUAUGGUUGUCAGCUUAGGUUCAAUAAGCAGGUGUGUUGAAGGAAGCUCCUGCACUGUUGUCAUGGUAACAAAGUAACUACUAAACUGGAUCUCCAUCCUCCGCUAUUUUAUUUCUGAUUCAAAUCCAAGUAUUUAGUUGCAUUGAGCUUUCAUUACUAAUAGUUUUUUCUUACUGAUUUGUAGUAAUAUAAACUACUGAACAAUGUUUUUGAAUGAGAAUACCGAAACAAUGAAAAAUGUAAUGGCUAAAACAUAAAUUGCUAAUGCUUAUAUUGUGAAUUAUAAUAUUGUGAUAUCAACAUGUAUUUAAAGAUUAUAAUAUGCAUUUGAGGUAAAAAGUAACAUGGUUUAGACUGUGCACUGAGGUCACAAUUAAACAAACAGGUAUGACCUGUUUAACCUAGAGAAAGUUACUGCAGGUUGUGUAUCUUCAAUGGAUUUUGAAAUACAGUAGCAACCUAUGGAUUUAUGUUCCAGAAAUUAUUUUAUUUUUAUGGGUUUAUAUAAAAAUUAAUAAGGUCUGUUAAUGUUGGUUUUGUUUUUCUAGUUUUUUUUUUCUCUUUUGUCUUCAAAUUGUGAUAGAAUAGACUUUUUGUAAACCUUUUUUUUCCAAGAAUGUGUGACACACAAAAACCUUCCUCUUUUUCAUGUGACCUUUGACAUUACCCCAGGCCUUUAUUAAAAUAUGUUUGUACAGUUUGUCUGAAAGUGUGCUGCACUCCACUGGAUUUGACUUGGCCCUUGCCUCAUCUGCUGACCCCUGCCUGUCACCCAGCACAUCCUGGCCCAAAGAAAGACUUUGAGUAAAAAUAGUAUUGUGUUUUCUUCCUCUUAACCCAAACUGGCUGGAGGCUGAAACUGAUCCAUGCCAUCCUUGCUAAUGUAAAGGGAGAUUAGAUGAAACCCUGGACAAUCACUGUAGGAAUGUAUGAUUAUUUUACACUUCACUAUGGUAGCACAACAGGGUGUUGCAGAAAUUGUUCCCCACAAAAUAUUUUGUCAAUUAUAUCAAUGUAUUUUCUUUUUCUCCUCCUGUUUUUGUACAUAAUGUAUCUUUUAAAAGUAUUAUUUUAUGUAAGUUAAACUGCCUUUGAAUAAAGAUUUGUUUCAAUUCCAAA